AUGCCACGAAGUGAACAAAUAUUACAGGAUGAAAAACCUGAAAAUACGACAAGAUUUUUAUCCUUCAAUGUCAACGGUAUAAGGACUUUUUUCCAUUAUCAACCAUUCUCCCAAAUGAAGCAAUCGCUUAAAUCUGUUUUUGACUUUUUUAAAGCAGAUAUAAUAACAUUUCAGGAACUGAAAACAGAGAAACUUUCGAUCUCCAAGUGGGGGAAAGUUGAUGGUUUUUAUUCGUUUAUCUCCAUCCCACAAAUAAGAAAGGGAUAUUCUGGUGUUGGGUGCUGGAUUAGAAUCCUGGACAAGGAUCACCCACUAUAUCAUGGCUUACAAGUUGUUAAAGCAGAAGAAGGAAUAACUGGUUAUUUGACGAUAAAAAAUGGUAAACAAUCGGUAGUUUCGUAUAGAGAUGAUGCAAAUCAAGGGAUCGGUGGCUAUGAUUCCUUAGAUCCCGAUCUAAAUGAGAAAAAUGCACUGGAAUUGGACUCAGAAGGAAGAUGUGUUAUGGUUGAACUAGCAUGUGGAAUAGUUAUUGUCAGUGUAUAUUGUCCUGCAAACUCGAACUCAUCGGAAAAGGGCGAACUUUUUAGAAUAAAGUUCUUAAAGGUUUUGCUACGAAGGGUUAAGAAUUUGGAUAAAAUGGGGAAAAAAAUAGUUCUGAUGGGCGAUGUAAACGUCUGUCGAGACCUUAUAGAUAGUGCCGAUAUGCUAGAAGAGUUCUCAAUCCCAAUAAUAGACCCAAUGGGUGGUAAAGAUCUAGAACAACGAUAUAGAGACGAAGCAAUACAAUUUAUCGUCAAUCCGGAAACGCCCCAUCGAAGGAUAUUUAAUCAAAUACUGUUCGACUCGCUUUUACCAGAUGCAAGCAAAGAGGGAAUUCUUAUAGACACAACAAGGUUAAUUCAAACAAGAAGUCGACUUAGAAUGUAUACAGUUUGGAAUAGUCUUAAAAACUCAAGGCCUUCGAAUUAUGGUUCAAGGAUAGACUUUAUCUUGGCAUCCUCAAAACUUGAACAAUGUAUAAAGGCUGGUGACAUUCUUCCGGACAUAUUAGGAUCCGAUCAUUGUCCUGUAUACUCUGAUUUAGAUUUAAGGGACCAGGAAGUGAAGAGUAGCACGACAGAAAUUAGCAUACCAAAAUUCGAAGCAAGGAACAAGUUUAAUUUGAGAAACCGCAAUGUUUUGGAGAUGUUUGCCAAAAAAGAACUCGGCAAAGAAUCCAAACAACAACAAUAUCGUAUAUUUAAGGGAGAUAAUACAAAAAAAAGUAGUAGCGUCAAAAGCAAAUCGCUCGAUUCAUUUCUUAGAAAAGAAGACACAAAAAGAGGUCCUGCGAGCAAAGAGUCCAUGAAGUUAACAGGGUCAGACACCAAAAAAAAAUCGGGGACAAAAUUCAAUUUUCUGGACGCCUUUGGCAAGCCUCCUCUAUGCAAGCAUGGGGAAGAAUCCAUACUGAGGACAUCCAAGACCUCAACCAAUCCAGGUAAAAAGUUUUGGAUUUGCAAGAGAUCUCGAGGCGAUUCCAGUAACACAGAAUCUUCUUGCGGCUUUUUCCAAUGGGUUUAA